AUGGCAAACUUCCAGCACCCUUUCCAGUGCCUGAAUUACACCAAGCAGCAGUCUUCAAGCUCUGCGGGAUUCCUGAUAGCUUCAGCGGGGCGACGUCUUUAUUCGUAUGCCGCAGCAAAUGGCCAAUGUCUGGACGUCUGGCCCAAAACUGUACAGUCUAGCUCUGAAUCUGCUUCCGAGGACCAAGUGCCUGCGGAGAAGAGGAGAAAGCUUUCGACAGCUCCCGAUGAUCAAAAUGAAGAAUCGAAAGAAAAGCCUUCGACCAAGAAAGCCCCGGGCAAUCAAUUGCCAGAGUGGACUAAUAUCCCUAUUCUUCUAACCUCUUCCGAUGGCAAGCAUGUUGUGGCCGUAACUGCCGAUGACAAAUGCAUUCGAGUAUUCAGUUUGAGUGAAGAUGGAAAGCUAGACGAGAUCAGUUCUCGGACGAUGCCCAAGCGCCCAAGCGCGUUGGCCCUAACACCCGAUGGACAAACCAUCCUGUGUGCUGACAAAUUUGGGGAUGCUUACUCCUUACCUCUGAUUCCUGGGGAGUAUAUUGCUCCUGCGGAGGAGGCAAAGACAUUUAAGCCUGCUGCUACAAAUCUCACUGUGCAUUCGCAGCGCAAUCUACAAACUCUCAAGAACCAAAUCACACAGUUCGAAAGAGAGGCUCAGAAGGCCGCUUCCAAGGAUGGCAACACCGAUGAAAACGUUGCGUCUGGUUUCGAGCACCAGCUCAUUCUGGGCCAUGUUUCCUUGCUCACUGACCUGAUUGCCGUGUCUUUGCCUACGGACGCACCUGUGAACCGGAACUAUAUCUUGACUGCUGAUCGUGAUGAGCACAUCCGUGUGUCACGCGGUCUCCCCCAUUCGCAUGUCAUUGAGAAGUACUGCCUGGGUCACACUUCUUUUAUCAACAAGCUUUGCGUCCCUUCCUGGGCACCGCAAUAUCUCAUUUCUGGUGGCGGUGACGAUUUCCUGCUGCUAUGGAAGUGGUACGAGGGAAAGGCGCUUCAAAAGGUCACUCUAGAGGGUCUGUCCCAAGAAUCAGAAAUUAGUGUUCGAGGCAUCUGGGCUGUCUCGGUCGAGCAGCCCGCAGGAUCCCCCGUGCAGGCCAUUCUAGUUGGACUCGAAGGGUAUGUGCACGUAAUUUUCAAUUACAAAAAUUCAACUAACAUUCGUAACAGCUCUUCAACUCUUCUCUGCUACACCAUCGAGGAAGAAACUCUCAAGCACCAGGAUACCAUCCAGCUCUCGGGCAACAUCUUGGAUCUAACUGGUCUUGAUUCGCGGGGUUCAAUUGUUGUCUCGGUCGACAAUAUCCGAGAGUCCGGCUCGACAGGGGCAUGGAAGAGUGGCCUCGAAGCACCCCAAACUCUGCUUGAAUAUUUCCAAGUCACUACGGGUCAGGGAUCUCUGAAGUGGAACUCAGCAGGAGACCCAUUGGCGGCUAAUAUCAAUGCUGCUGGCACCUCGGCUAUUGCCACCGAUGUUGAUGACAAACAAAAGAAGGCACUCGACGGCGUGCUGUACAGUGGGGGGAGUCCUUCGGAAGAAGCAGUUCGGCGAAUACCAGUAGUCAAUCCAUGGCUGUAA